GGCGGCAGCGGCGACGGCAGCCGUGACGGCGGCGGCGGCGCGGAGCCUGGGCCGGGGGGAAUGAGGCAGCCGUGGCGGGCCAGCGGCCGAGCCGUGUAGCGGAGAAGCGGCUUCCCCUCCCUGCUUCCCUUGGCCGUACCGGGGACGCGCGCGCGCGCGGCCGUCCGGAGCGGGCUCCCCACCCUCGACUCCCGAGACCCGCACCGCACCCCCACCCGGGCCCGGAGGAUGAUGAAGCUCAAGUCGAAUCAGACUCGCACCUAUGACGGCGACGGCUACAAGAAGCGGGCUGCGUGCCUGUGUUUCCGCAGCGAGAGCGAGGAGGAGGUGCUACUCGUGAGCAGUAGUCGCCAUCCAGACCGAUGGAUUGUCCCUGGGGGAGGCAUGGAGCCCGAGGAGGAGCCGAGCGUGGCGGCAGUCCGUGAAGUCUGCGAGGAGGCUGGAGUAAAAGGGACAUUGGGAAGAUUAGUUGGAAUUUUUGAGAACCAGGAGAGGAAGCACAGAACGUAUGUCUAUGUGCUCAUUGUCACAGAAGUGCUGGAAGACUGGGAAGAUUCCGUUAACAUUGGAAGGAAGAGGGAAUGGUUUAAAAUAGAAGAGGCCAUAAAAGUGCUGCAGUAUCACAAACCGGUGCAGGCAUCGUAUUUUGAAACGUUGAGGCAAGGCUACUCGGCCAACAACGGCACCCCGGUCGUGGCCACCACGUACUCGGUUUCUGCUCAGAGCUCGAUGCCAGGCAUCAGAUGACUGAAGGCUGCGUGCGAGAGGAACGGAAAUUGGAAACGAGACUGGAGUGCAGAUCUUCCCUCCCUUGCUCUUUUCACCUCUCCUCACAGGCCUCCUCUUCGAAUAAGGCAUGAUGGGCGGCAGGGAAAGGGUUUGUUGAUGACAUUGCUCUUUGGUGUUAAGUGAUGGGCUUUUUCUUCUCUUUUUAUGGAGGGGGGCGGGGGGUAUGUAAUUUGUAAGUACUUUGGUGCAUGAUCAGUCCCUCCCUUUUCACACCCCUGCAACUGUCUUGAGGAGACAAACAGCCUUCCCUCUGCCUCGGGUUCUGAAGUGUUCCUGUUUGUCUCAUCCCAGCCCUGGCCAGACGUUUUUCUUUGAUUUUUAAUUUUUUUUAUUAUUAAAAAGAUACCCAUAUGAGAUACACCUUUCAAGAAUUUGUCCUGUACUGUGCUGUUCAGUCCAGUGAGUUGGUCACUUCCACUGCAGGAUACAUUUAUCUACACAUUAUAUACUGGGCAUAUAAUAUGUAAAUAAAUGACUUUUAGAAGAGGAAUUUAACUGUUUAAUUUUUCAAGGUUUGGUCUUGUCUUUUAAAUUCGGGGUGUUUCCAGAAUGGAGCGCCUCAGAGUUAAUCUGACUUUUUGUUUUUGAUGCUAGUGGCUAGGUAAGUUUCCCUGUCCUGAACCCCGUCCCCAGUCACUGACUAUAGUUCCGCAGGGUAGGAGAGUUUCACUACCUUCAUAGCGCUCCCUGGACUCAUGGCCUUCUCUUCUCAAAGCUGUGUUUCCAUGCCAAGAAAGAAACAGGAAGAAACCCUAUUUUCUUUUUUAUUACCCAGCCAGGAGCAAAUGGCCUCAGCUCAGACCUGGAGAAACAGUGAUAGAAAUUGAAUUCCUCCCUACGUGUUGACAAUAGGGAUGUGAACUGGAUUCUUGGGAUUACUCUCUAAAAAAAACUGGAGUAUUGAGCUUUGUUUCUAUCCUGCCAGUUGGAAUGUUUUCCGUAAUGCUACUUACCGCCGGCAGUGGCCUCUCUCCUUGUGCAUACAUGCCUUACACCAUGCUGAACCGGAUACUGUCCUUGUGCUGAAGCAUCCAGCUGUCCUUGGCAAGCGCCAGGGUACAGUCCCGUCCCCAUCCUGGGUAGCCAUGUUAAGUUCCUGAAAAGUACGCAGAGGGAAAAUUCAGGCACUGGCUUAUCUUUGUAACAUUGCAGCGCUUGGAACGGCACUGCGGAGCGUGCACAGAAAUAUCCAGUCUGUCUCCCACUGGGACGCAGAAGUUGUGUGGGAGAAUGCUCCGUCAUUUUCUAGAACAGCUACAUCACGCGUUGGCCCCACGCAGCUGUCGUGUUGGGCUUUGAUGCAGGGCGCGUGCUGGCUUCGUUUGCCAGUGUGUCAUUUCAUUGGGACGUGAGCAGAAGAGGGUCUUGAGAUGGAGGGAUGGGCCUGGGAGUGGGACGCCGAUCCGUCUCUGGCGUGCGACAGGAGCCGCUGCUGUGCGCUUAGUGGCAUCUCCUUUGUCAAAACAGCCAAGAUGUGAAAUUGAAAUCGUAGUUCUCUUUAUUUAAAAAUUCUAAUAAAUUCUCAAACGUUGAAAAGUUUGGCUCUUCCCUGCCACCAGUAGAGACGUAUAUACCUGGUAGGGCUGUGUCAUUCAGUGGUCAACUUUUAGGGGGACAUCUUUUGGUGAACUUGAAACUUUGCUGUCUGUUCUCAGUUUGCAUCUUUUCUCCUGGUCUUGAGAUACCAAUCCAACAAGUGAUGCCCACGGUUUCCUUAGGAUAUGGUCCUGCCUCUGGGAGAGGGAUGGCACUGGGUCAGGGUGCCAGGGGAUAGAAACCGCACCAUGGGAUCAGAUCUGAAUACCAACUCGCUGUUCACACGUCCUACCUAGACACGAGCAUAUUGCUGCUCGUUGCCUGAUGGAGAGCAUUCUAAAUUUCUGUCCAAAAUAAAGUAGGAAAUGAAUUAAAGUCAA